ACAACUGUUCAGAGCGACGAUCAAGGCCUCGGACGCGUCGACGGCGAGCGUCGGACCGGCCGCUUCUCCGCAUCCUCACCGUGCUCAUGUGGAUGAUGCGCGGGUACCCGGCGUGGCCCUGGAGGGACCUGGCCAGUCCUCGCAGGCUCUUAAAUACCCCCACCUAUCAUCCACCCCUCUAGCCCCUUUCUCCCGCCUCCCCACCCCGCCCCAAUGUCGCUCGCUUCUCCUGUGAAGGCCGCCCUCGGGCGCAUCGCGUUCGUGACGGGUGCCGGCCAAGGCAUCGGGCGUGCCAUCGCGUGUCGCCUCGCGCGGGACGGCUACGACAUCUCCAUCGCGGACAUCCCUCCUGCGAAGCCCAGAGUCGACGACGUGAUCAAGGAGAUCGAGUCCUACGGCCGGAAGGCGGUGGCUGUAUACGCUGACAUGAGGGAUGCGAAGCAGAUCUACGCCGCCGUCGAUGAGACCGUGAACAAGCUCGGCCCGAACCUCUUCGUCAGUGUGGCCAACGCUGGUGUGACGCAGGUCAAGCCCCUGCUCGAGUGCACCCCUGAGUUCAUUGAGAACGAGGUCCGACUCAAUGUCCUCGGGCUCAUGAACACCUAUAUCGCUGCCGCGAAGCAGAUGGUCAAGCAAGGGUUCGGUGGUCGCGUUAUCGGUGCAGGCUCAAUAGCGUCAUACCGUACAGCGGCAAACCUCGCACCAUACGGAGCUACCAAGUUUGCUGCCCGUGGUUUCACGGAGGCUGCAGCGAAGGAGUGGGCGCAGUACGGUAUCCGCGUCAAUGCCUACGCUCCUGGAAUCGUCGACACGCCUAUGUGGGACCACAUCGACAGGGAGCUUGCUGAGAUUGAGGGGAUCAGCCCCGGUGAGGCGAAGGCCAAGCGUGUGAAGAACGACAUCCUGCUUGGCCGCAUCCAGGAGCCUGAGGAUGUCGCGAAGCUCGUCUCUUUCCUCGCCUCCGAGGAGGCGGAGUACAUCACCGGGCAGACCAUCAAGACGUGCGGUGGUGCAUCGCUAUAAUUGCUGAGUGAUAGGACAUGCUGUCUGUUUCUGCUGUAGUAAGUCGCAUACCUAGAAUCGGGAUAGAAGUGGGAUAGACGGGUCUACUGCUUGGUUACAAUUCUUGCUGUAUCAUACGCUGUCAAAUGACUAUCACGACACCAAUGCUUGCCAAUACUUA